AUGGGUGAAAGUAAGUGUUUAUGCCCGGAGACAGUACGAGAAACGAAUGAAGCUAUUGCCAAAAUAAGAGCGCACAUGAUUGCCUCACAGGAUCGACAAAAGAGUUAUGUUGAUCCUAAGCAUAAGCACGUUGAUUUCCAAGUAGGAAAUCAUGUAUUUCUACGUGUUUCGCCUAUAAAAGUAAUUAAGAAAUUUGGCAAGAAAGGAAAGUUAAGUCCUCGAUUUGUUGGACCAUUCGAGACUAUAGAGGAUCGGGGAAAACCAUCUCACAUUCUUAGUUACGAGGCGUUGGAUAUGCAACCAGACCUAUCAUAUGAAGAGAAGUUGGUAAAGAUUCUUGAGAAGAAGGAAAAAGCAUUAAGGAAUAAGAUGAUCGGGUUAGUCAAAGUCCUUUGGAAAAAUGAUUCUACCGAAGACGCAACAUGGGAGUUGGAAACCGAUAUGAGUGAGCAGUACCCAGAAUUGCUCAAGUAA